AGGUAUGGAGCGGUGCCUGAGGGAACUGCUCCAUAACCCCCCCAGCAGGCCAGGGUCACCAACCGACAGCUCCUCUGUCAGCAGCUCCCCAGAGAGGGUGCACCCGUGGACCAUGGAGGAGGUGGAGGCCCUGCGUUCGGCCCAGGAAGACACAGAAUCGGAGAUAGAUUGGACUUUGUGGCAGAAGGGGACAGAGUUCAGACCUCGGAGCGAAUUGCUCGCUGCAGAGGAAAGGGCGCUUCCUUCUGCCCGAGAGCCAGAGCUUGUCACCAUGGGCAGCCGAGCUUCGUCGACCUCCCCGCUCCCCAUCCUGGAGAGAUUCAUGGCCAAAAUCGCCAUGAGCCAGCCACUGCCCUCCAACAUCCCACCUGGCGAUGCCAAGAGUCCAGGCGAAGUGGCACCCAGGGGAUCCCGGCAAGUGAUGGAUGGUUCACAUCUCACAAAAAGGGCGGCAGAGAAGAAGCCCGUGAAAGGGGUGCUGAAGCGCCUGAAGGAACUGAUCGACCGCCACCCCCCUCACAUAUUCCGCAGGAACUACAACAGCAGCCGGCAGGCAGCCCUGCAGCAGAAAACGAGGAAAGGGACCUGUGGGUCUCCUUCUGGCCAAGUUAAAAUUGAUGCAGUGGAUGAGGAGCUGCCUGCCCUUAGCCCAAAAAAUGCUGCUGCACGAGGCGGAUCCAGUCCUCUGGUUGUUCCCUCAGGUUCCACCUUCCAGACUGAAGGAGCCUGGAGCCAAGUGACCAGCCCACUCCAUAGCCUCCCGAGCUGCGUAAAGGACAUCCCUGAUCCCAGGCCUCAGGCCUUCCGAGCGUCGACUGGAAAAAGAGGAGGAGGAGGACAAGAGCAAAUAAUAGGAGGAAAGAGAGAAAGAUUUGAACCAUGCAGCUAUGCGGCCACAACAGAGAAGCAAGGCUCCUCCCCGUGAAAUACCCCUCC